AUGUUCGAAUUUGCCACUGCCAAUGGGGGGGAGGAAAGGCGGCAAGGCUCCUCCUCUCCAAAGUAUACUGAGCAGGUGCAGCUGUACCUUCUUUUCUCCCAGCCUGCGUCAUCAUGUGAUGGGCUGGCAUCCUGCAGCGCAGCCGUCCCUCCUCCCGAACUGCAGGCAGCAGGGGGAGUUGAUAUUGCAGCCGUCCAAGCAGCUAUGCCUGCGAUUGUGAGAAGGGAUGGGGGCUUGCCAUUCCCCGACCACCACUUUGCGGUCUUCAUAAUCUUCUCAUGGAAUUAUGAGAUAUUCUGGACCUCGCUGCAGACCUACCUGGCCGCCGGCUGGGGCAAGCGCAUCAUCAUCAUUGACAACUCCCCAAACAGACUGAUCCUCAACGACCCAGGGGUGAGUGAGCUUGUGGGCGAAGUGAUCUCCACGCGAGUGCAGCUGACCUUCUCACAGGCGCAGAACAUGAUCGGGGACAUUGCAGUUGAGCGAAAUUACACCUUCUUCUUCUGGGGCCACUCUGAUGUGAUGGCAUGCAUGGAGAGGGUAAUUGAGGAGCGCCCGAAAUGGGGCGUUGUCUUCUUCCACUACGACUGGUUCUCAGCCACGCGCACGGAAGUGGCGCGCGAAUUCAAGUACGACACGUUCAUCACUAUGUACAAAAGCGACUGCGAUUACUACCCCCGAGUGCGCCAAAAGUGGCGCACACUGAACCAUGGCAGCGUUUGCAAGGACUGCGGAGUCAAGGUGGUGGACAUGAAGCGCGGCCUCAAGCUGCCGCUGCAUGACUACGAGAGAACUAAAGCCAUCCUUGAAGGUGUGAGACCACCUGUCCACUGUCCCGUUUGUGCCUGCCCAACCCACAAUCUUUGA